GAGAAAUUUAGGUUGUUCUUCUCUUCUGCUCCUGUUCCUCUUCCUUCUGGAUGAACUCGUUGGCGGAGAGGAUGGUGAAAUCGGAGCGAGGGCAUGAUUCAUGGAUUGGCUCGGAGGAGGAAGCUCAGAGAAUUGAGAUUGACGGGUGUGAUUCUUCGAUGUUGGCUGUGGAGAGUGAUGGGGUGCGACUUUCUGCUUCUGCGUCUCAGCUUUCGAGUCAUACUGCUUCUGAUGGAAAAUUAGGGUUUGGAGAACGCGCUUUCUCUGCUGCUGGAGCUGCCUUUCUUUCGGCAGUAAUUGUAAAUCCUCUUGAUGUUGCAAAGACAAGGUUGCAAGCUCAAGCUGCAGGUGUUCCUUAUUCGCAUCCACUUAGUGACUUGACCAGUCGCAUGGCAUUUUUUGGACCAAACACGUUGUUUGCAGAUUUAAGGUGUUCUCCUUCAUGUGCACGUGCGGGGAUUCAUGGAACAGUAGCAAUAUGUCCUCCUGAUUGUUUUCAGUACAAAGGGACGUUGGACGUCUUUUACAAAAUUAUUCGACAGGAAGGAUUUGUGAGGUUGUGGAGAGGCACAAAUGCUGGCUUAGCUCUUGCUGUUCCCACGGUGGGAAUCUACUUACCUUGCUAUGACAUAUUCCGUAAUUGGUUAGAAGAGAUCACUUCCCAAAAUCUUCAAAGUGCUACUCCUUAUGUUCCUUUAGUCGCUGGGGCAUUGGCGCGUUCUUUGGCUUGUGCAACUUGUUAUCCAAUAGAGCUUGCUAGAACUCGCAUGCAGGCAUUGAAGGAGAUGCAAAUAGGCAAAAAGCCGCCUGGAGUCUGGCAGACUUUACUAGGUGUCGUCUCCAAUGUUAAGAGCACAAAUGGUGAAGCCGCCUCAGCAAAAAGUUACCGUGCCCUAUGGACUGGAAUGGGGGCGCAGCUUGCACGUGAUGUUCCAUUCUCAGCAAUUUGUUGGUCAACCCUUGAACCAGUCAGAAAGAAACUCAUUGGAUUGGUAGGUGACGACGCUAAUGCAGCCAGUGUGUUUGGGGCCAACUUUUCUGCUGGUUUUGCUGCUGGAAGUCUUGCUGCUGCCACUACAUGCCCCCUGGAUGUUGCAAAAACCCGACGACAGAUAGAGAAGGAUCCGGUAAGGGCACUGAGUAUGACAACAAGGCAGACACUGAUGGAGGUUUGGAGGGAUGGUGGGCUGAAAGGACUAUUUGCAGGAGUUGGACCGCGUGUUGGCCGUGCAGGCCCAUCAGUUGGGAUUGUGGUAUCAUUUUACGAAGUUGUGAAAUAUGUUCUUCAUCACAAAUAUCCAACCUCAGCUUCAUGACAGGGUAAGAACUGCUUCUUACCUACUUCUGGUGUAAGCUGUGCAUAGGAGAAACUCAUCAACCAGGGCCGUUUUCGUUUUGGCUUACUGUGGAUAUCAUAACAUGCGAACUAAAUACAAUGGGUAUACAAUCUCAGUUUUGUAGAUUUUGUCUAGGCCAAUAGGUGCACAUAGAAUAAAUAAUAGCACCUCCACCCUAAAAAAAUAGAAAAGAAAAGAAAAACUGAAAACUACAGAAGGGGUGGACAAAUUUUGGAGGCGUAAACUAAUUUAAGUCGCUCGGAUGGAGCUGAAUAGUUUUGUGACAUUUUCAUAUAUUCCUAAAAGUAAUAUUAUUCUCUCUC